CCACAGGGGCGACCUGAGUGAUUUUUUUUCCCCCCUUCUUAACCGGAUCCGCCACCAGCAGCCUGACAGAUGGAUAACUACUCUACUUUACAACUGCAGUGUCUGGAAAUGACCACCAAACGGAAGCUGAUUGGCCGGCUGGUGCCGUGCCGUUGUUUCCGUGGUGAAGAGGAAGUGAUCUCAGUGUUGGACUACUCCCACUGCAGCCUGCAGCAGGUCCCCAAGGAAAUCUUCAGCUUUGAGAGAACUCUGGAGGAGCUCUACCUAGACGCCAACCAGAUUGAGGAAUUACCCAAGCAACUCUUCAACUGCCAGGCCUUGAAGAAGCUGAGCAUGCCAGAUAACGACCUGUCCAACCUGCCCACCACCAUCGCCAGCCUGGUGAACCUAAAAGAGCUAGACAUCAGUAAAAACGGAAUCCAGGAGUUUCCAGACAAUAUAAAAUGCUGUAAAGGCCUGUCUGUGGUGGAAGCCAGUGUCAACCCCAUCACCAAACUCCCAGAUGGUUUUACGCAGCUCCUGAAUCUGACCCAGCUCUUUUUAAACGAUGCCUUCCUGGAGUAUCUGCCGGCUAACUUUGGCAGACUCUCCAAAUUACGGAUCCUGGAGCUGAGGGAGAACCACCUGAAAACCAUGCCAAAAUCCAUCCACAGACUGACACAGCUCGAGAGGCUGGAUCUGGGUAGCAAUGAAUUUUCUGAAGUGCCGGAGGUGUUGGAACAGAUCCACAACAUGAAGGAGCUAUGGCUGGAUAAUAACUCUCUGCAGACUAUACCAGGGUCGGUAGGGAAGCUCCGUCAGUUGCGGUACUUGGACUUGGCUAAGAAUCGUAUCGAGACGUUGGACGCGGACAUUUCCGGCUGCGAGGCCCUGGAAGACCUGCUGCUAUCCUCCAACAUGCUGCAGCACCUCCCUGACUCUAUAGGAAUGUUGAAGAAGCUGACAACGCUAAAGGUAGAUGACAACCAGCUGACCUCACUGCCUAACACCAUUGGGAGUCCGAAGCCCAAGCAAGGUCUGUCUCUACUGGAGGAGUUGGACUGUAGCUGUAAUGAGUUGGAGUCGUUGCCUCCCACCAUCGGCUACCUGCACAGCCUGAGAACCUUUGCUGCUGAUGAGAAUUUCCUCACAGAGCUGCCCCGGGAGAUCGGUAACUGCAAGAACGUGACCGUCAUGUCACUGCGGUCCAACAAACUGGAGUUUCUUCCUGAUGAGAUCGGACAGAUGACCAAACUGCGAGUCCUUAACCUCAGUGACAACAGGUUAAAGAAUCUACCGUUUACCUUCACUAAGCUGAAGGACCUGGCAGCUCUGUGGCUCUCUGACAAUCAGUCCAAGGCUCUGAUCCCACUGCAGACAGAAGCCCACCCAGAAACCAAACAGAAGGUUUUGACCAACUACAUGUUUCCUCAGCAGCCACGACAUGAUGAAGAUUAUCAGUCGGAUAGUGACAGCUUUAAUCCUACGCUGUGGGAGGAGCAGAGACAACAGAGGAUGACUGUGGCCUUCGAUUUUGAGGACAAGAAAGAAGAGGAGGACAACUCUGGGAAGGUCAAGGUGGAGAUAAACCUAAAGCGCUACCCAACGCCCUACCCUGAGGACCUGAAGAACAUGGUCAAAUCAGUGCAGAGUCUUGUGGGCAAAAGCGUACACGCCGGACACGGGCACCAGCACCAGCUGAGCACAGGCACCGCCACCUCGGCAGGAACCAACAUGGAACAUACACACCUCAGCAAAGAGCCAUAUGACCCACCGUGGCCCCUGCCUCCUAAAGAGGUGACAGAUAGAGAGAUGCAGGACUUCUCUCAGACUCAGCUAAUGGAUCAGGGACCAAUGCAUAACUCUGGCAUCGAUAUUCCUAAGAGGAAGGACAAAGAGGACUUGACAGAGAGCUCUGAGGACUCAAUGGGCGGCUCGCCCAACGACAUCCGUAUCUCUGACAUGAGGCCCACCCUGGUGGAGCCACCAAUGUACAAACCAAAGGUGGUGCUGCUGGGGAAGGACAAGAAAGAGUCUACAGAUGAAGAGGUGGAUAAACUCCACUGUCUGAACCACAGCGGCUCCUCGGCCACCUACUCCGACUACUCUCCUUCACAGGGCUCCUCGGGCUCCUCCAACCCACCUGGCAAUACGCACUCACACACAUUGUCUCAUGGACACCCACACAAUCCCGCUCUACCAGCCCCCAACAAGGACCAGGCUCCUCAGACGCACUGGACCAACAGACUUGCCCAGUCAUUUCCCAAGCCCAUUGACUCCAAGCCCCUGCUGUCUCAGAGAGAAACCCCUCCAUCAGGAACCCUGCAGCAACGCGGGGAUCGGCGUCCGCUUAGCGAGCCUUUUGACUGGGCUGAUGCUCCUCACUAUGAUAACACAGGCUUCGAUGCAGAGGAGUCCCCUCUAGACCCUCCAUCAUCUAACACCAGUCAGGGAAACCCUCCGCUGGGCUCUAAACCUCGCAGUUCAUCAACACACGGCCGCCGCCCCCUCCUCAGGCAAGAGCGAAUCGUAGGGGUCCCGUUGGAACUGGAUACCCAGACGCUCCCCUUCCACGGCAACCAACGAUCCAACCAGGACAAUGACUCUGGACACCCUCCCCAGAACCCCUGGCAGAACUGGACCAGGACCCCGAGUCCCCUGGAGGACAGAACCGCUUUUCCUUCCAAGCUGGACCUUACACCUACUUCCAGCCCCAAUCCAGAUCGCAAGGACAUGGACUCAAGGCUUGAGCAAAGUACAGGGCCUCUGCCUGGCAGCUGGACGUACCACGACAAUGGGGGGGAGCAGAACAGGAAGGAUCAGCUCAGCGUAAGCGGUGGCAACAAGGUGACCGUGGUGAUGAGCAAAAGCUCGGACCGCCUGUCCCCCAUGAUGAAGGAGACAAGAUCCAGGUUUAAGAAGUCACAGAGCAUAGAUGAGAUUGACAUCGGCUCCUACAAAGUCUACAGCAUUCCCAUGGACAGCUACAGUUCAUCCAUUGAGCAGCAGACUAGUUUGGACCGUCCAGAGCUUCCCGGAUCUAUGGAGCAGACCAACAUGUCACGGUCACAGUCUGCCCCCAUGUUAGAUGAUGAGCUGGGAUUCCCCGGACACGGAUCUGGCAACCAAAACCAUGGACACAACCAAAAACCUGCCAUCCCACAAAAGGCUUACCAUUUUGACCAGAACUACAACCCCCAGGUGACCAUGGACCGCCGGGUCCCUCCCCCUUUCCCCAACACACCAGAUUAUGUCAACCACUCAUCGAAGGCUUUGGAGUACCUCAGCCAACCAGGGAAAACAUUACCCAAAGAGCUAGUGAGCCCUCGGUAUCGAGCAUAUCCACCCCUGGAGAUGUUUUCUUUCCCCCAGUCACCAAUCAACCAAGAUGGUCUGCCCAGCCAGCAGCAGCAGCCAGUCCCAACUCAGCGCUCCAGACCAGGAUUUCUAAGAAGAGCAGACUCGUUGGUGAGCUCUACCGAGCUUGCUUUGUUCCGACGAGUUCAUGAAGCUCAGCAGGAGGCGCUGCAAGAGGCUCAGUACAGACAGCAGGCGGAUCCCCCUCUUUAUGGUCGGGCUGUCUACUCCACCCCCAUGGAGCACGCCGCUAUGACUAAUAUGGCCGACAACCAGAGUCAGAUGCUGCACAACAAGAGAAACGGUCGUUAUGACGACGACUAUCCCACUUACCAGGAGCAGAAGAAGCCUAUGAUUGGUUAUCCGACCAAGAGCCUGACUCAGCGGCGCCCCCUGUCUGCCAGAAGUUACAGCACUGAGACCUAUGGAGCAUCUCAGGCCCGUCCAGUGUCAGCUCGUCCCACCAUGGCCGCCCUGCUAGAGAAGAUGCCACCUGACUACACCCUGGCAACCUGCCCCGAGAAGCCACCCGAUGACACCAUCAAAGUAAGACCUGUUGUACCCCAGAAACCUGAAGACAUCACCUCCAAGAUGCCUGCCGACUGGAGGCAGCAGCUACUCAGGCACAUAGAGGCGAAACGAUUGGACAGGAGUGGUGUCCUAAAGCACAACACGCUCACGCUGGGCAUGCUCUGUCAGGGCGGGGGUCACGGCCAGGGGCGCAGCAGCACUUUGAACUUUAACCUUUACAAUAACACUAAGCAUGAGCCCCCUGCUGGCCGCUGGCUGCCACUACCUCCACCUGCGUCUGCUAACGCUACCCCAUCUCAGCAGGGUGCCGUGAUGGACAAUGACCAGGAGGGAGUGUCAGUGAGCAACCAGUGGGCUCCCUAUUCACUAGGCAGGAGGGACGUCCCACCUGACAACCUCUUAAAAAAGGGCGUCCAUUCACACAACCCUUCCCAUCAAUCACACAACACCAUGAUCGUCACUUCCUCUUCUUCCUCCUCGGCCACUACGCCUCAUCGUGUGGUGGGUCAGCAGGGCUACGAUGGCAUGAUGAACAAAGGAGGCCAGUACCAACCAGGGAUGCAACUGUCAGUGGUUCCAUCUGGGGGGCCGGGACAGUAUCAAGGCAAUAUGUCUCAAGCCCCUGGUCAGGCUUACCCCGGCGGUGGCCUACCUAUGGCCCUGUCCCCAUCUGGAAACCAACCCCAGUACAACCCCCAUACUUCUCACACCUCCCAUCAGCCCGCUACCAAUCCGCAGUACCAUGUCAACCAGGGCAUGGGUCAUAGCAACCAGGUCGUUAUGACCACCCACACCAACCCACGGCCUCAGAGCGCUCGCUGCCUGUUGCAGACUAAAGGCCAGAAGAGCACAGACGGUUUCCAGGAACAGCUGUGCGUGAGAAUAGAGAAGAACCCUGGUCUUGGUUUCAGUAUCUCCGGGGGCAUCAGCGGCCAGGGGAACCCCUUCAAACCCUCCGACAUGGGUAUCUUUGUUACUAGGGUACAGCAUGAUGGGCCUGCCGCCUCCGCCCUGCAGCCCGGAGACAAGAUACUGCAGGCUAACGGACAUAGUUUUUUACACAUGGAGCACGAGACAGCCGUCUCUCUGCUGAAGAGUUUCCCGCGGAUGGUGGACUUGGUGGUUCUGAGAGACAGCAGCACGCGCUAAAAUAGUUUUAAAACAAACAAACAAAUACAACAACGCUUCUCUUCUCUGCUCAUCGCCAUCCCACGCGCCAUCCCACCCGUCCUCCUCCUGGAGGCUUAAGGAACUGUAAAAUGAGCCGCCUUUUUUUUUAAAUUUGUUUGGGGUUUUUUUGCUUUUUUUUAAAAACCUUUUUAAGGGAACACUCAGACAUUUAUUUGCCUAUUGCUGGACCAAAGGCAAAUACCAGUGCCAAAUGUACCAUAGGAAACAUAUCGGCUGUCUUCUGUCUACCGGCGGUCAGUGACCUGAUCGACGGCUGGACGGACCACAAGAGGACUCUACACUUUAAGUUCCUACAGAGCUGCUGCAGUUUGGAUUUUGUGGUUGGUUUGUGAUUUAAGCUGUCAUCUGAGCGGUCAGUCUGAGUAGUUUUUGUUGGUUAGUUUGGGGUGUUUUUUUUUCCUUUUCUCCACUGCCAUCCAUUGUGAAUUGGAAAUGUUUUGUUUGGUGUAGCACAUGGUUCACUUUCCACGUUCUUCAUACAUAGCUUUAUUAUUUCUUUAACAUCUCCUUUCUUUUUUUCUUCUCAGUCCUCUUUCUUUCUUUACUGUCUUUUUUGAGUUUCCCUCUUCUCUGAUGUAUCUUUCUGUUCCGUUCUGCAGGUUAUUGCCUCCAGUGUACAGAAAUUGAAAACUUAAGACUCUGCCUUGUGUACAUACAUAGAGAUGCAGCUUGUUAGAGCUGCACUCUCCUUGGGGGCCUGAGCCGACAGCUCUAAAAGUUUAUGAUUCAUAUGAUUAUUGUUGAUAAACUCUAUUCUGAAUUCCCUCCUGUGGGCAUACAGGGAUCAUUUCUCCAAACGGUUUUCUAAAGAGUAUAUCACCAUUUUAUCUGUACAGAAAACAGUUUUCAUAGUUCAUCAUUGCUACUUGUUUUUCUUUCCUCUUUAGAAGCUGUUGCUUGCACAGCUGUGCUGAAAGGAGCUAAAGCAAUAUUUCUGAGGCUCGGCCCAUUGAGCUUUUCAGCAGAGCCUUACUUGUCCUGCAGUGCCAUCUAUUGAGCAACUCAUGCUAAUGUUUACACACACUGCCAUGCACAUAAACUGGUAGGCAAAUGCACACAUAAAACCUUCUGAGCCCGUACAUGCAACACAGGUGUACCCUCUGCAAUGUUCCAUAAUGAAUCCCUCUUUUUAGAAUAUAAUUUUUAUUAUGAAACUGGUCCAUUAAUAAUAUCCGUGCCAUCUCUCAAAGUCCUGUCUUCUGUCGUGCAGCGAUGUCACAUCCCUUUUGAAGUGUUUGUAAAGUCACAGCAUGCUUUUUAAUGUCAUCGGACACUGACAGCUAGCCAUUUUCUUUUGGCUUCUAGACGUCUCUACUCUUUAGAGGUUUCUAGAUGUAUUAAAGCACUGAGUUUCAGUGAGACUGCUGCUCGAUCAUCUGUGCCAUAUGCAGCCUCUGGCGCUCCUUGGUUGUAUUUACAACAAAAUCAGAGCUUUACCUCUUUGUGGCCCAGAACUGAUCUGCACACACUAAGAUCAGAAACGUGGCUUCGGCGAGCCGGUAAGCUGUUCUUUAAUUGUCGGCUCGGCUUCAGCUGAAGUGUCCUAACCUCUGGCCUUCCCGUGGAAAGCAGUGUGAAAAAAAAAAAAUGCCCCUAGAAGAACCAGUAAGGUUUAAUAUUAGGAGGGUAAAUGUGCACUAAAUCAGAUAUUCUCUUUUUUUUUUUUUUUUUUUACAAUCAGGGAAACGUCUGAUUCGUGUCGCGAGGGUUUUUGGUUACACUUGAAUUUGCAGUGUAACGUCUGCAACCCGAGGAGUUGCUAACUGACACUAGGCAUACAUGGGAAUUUAAGAUUUGCUGACUUUGUUGGUAAAUGCUCAAAAUAUUGAAAAGAGCAGGGGGGGAAAGAAAGGCUGCACAGUCUUUCAGACCACACAGCGUUUGCCGUGUGGUCCGACCUUUAUGGUCACACUUGAGAAGAUGUACUGACAGAAAUAAAGAGGCUCAUUUUCUGUCUUUGUGUAAAUGCACCAUGGGUCUUGAAGACACUUUGUGGCAGUGAGUUUUGUUCUGUUCUGCAUAACAUCUGAUGUUUCAUCCAGAGCGAAACAUCCAUUUGCUGUCCUUUGCUUUUACUUGACAUGUGCCCUUUUAGUGUCAAUUCUCCAAAUAUGAUUUCCAUUACUUUAACAUAGGAGACACAAAAUGGCACAGUUUAAUCACGUGGUUAGGAGAUUUAACCACAGGUACCCACCCGACCCUAUUUAGAGUUUGAAAUAUCAAAGAUAUUGUGAUGAGAACAGAGUAAAAGGUUUGAUAAUAUAAUUAUUUUUUACUACAUGUUUCAGGUAAUUCUUUCUAAAUAUAUUGAUAUACCUUAGCUUUGCUCAAAAAUUGUGAUAUUUUAUAAAUGACACUUAUAACAAAGUUAUGGAUGGAAGUACGCACAGUAUGAUUUGGAGACCUACACAUGUACUAUCCAAAACUGUAUAAAAUGUAUUUCUACUGUAAUUGUGAAUUUGUGUUAUACAAAUAUAUAUUAUAUAUAUGUAUAUGACUAUAAAAAAAACAGUCAUUUUCUAUGUGUUUAAACUACAUAAGAGCUGAACUAAUGAGGGCGGUGUCACUGUACAUAGCUGUGAAUGAAAUCCAAUUUAAAAAUGACUCAUAUUGAUUGUGAAUGUACUCAUGCUUUCUGCAGUACCUACACCUACCCAACUUGAAUGCUGCUUCUUCUGUUGUGUGACAAAAAGUACUUUGACCUCCGAAGAGAGAAACGCUGUCGAGUUUAUAAGUUGGACAAAUUUUAGUGAUGAUUUAACAGAAACUAUUUAUUUCUUUAUUUAUUUGCACAUGCAAGUUGAAAUCCUUCCAGUUUUAAGUUUGAGUAUUAAUGCGGAGAAAUGUAAUUGCCGAAGUAUAUAUAAUAUAUAUCAUGUGUUUAGAAUGCAUUUUGCAGACGCUAUCUGUACAUACUAUUUAAGAUACAGUUUUUACAAAAAAUAAUAUAUGUAUAAAAUUGAAAAAAUGCUGUGCAGCGAUUAUACUGGAGCCAUUUUGGGCUUUGGG